AUGCUGCCCCGCUGGGAGCUGUCUCUCUACCUGCUUGCUUCCCUGGGCUUCCACUUCUAUUCCUUCUAUGAGGUCUACAAAACCUCCCGAGAACAUGAAGAGCAGCUGGACCAAGAAUUUGACCUGGCGAUUGGCACGUUGCUUGGAGGAUUCAAGAAGGACCAGACAGACUUCGAGUGGAGCUUCUGGAUGGAGUGGGGGAAGCAGCGGCUGGUGUGGCUCCUCCUUGGUCACCUGGCUGUGUCGCAAAUGGCCAACCAGAUCGCAAGGAAGCACAGACCCUGGUUCCUCACCGCCUACGGCAUGUGGGCCUGCUGGUGUGUGCUGGGGGCCCCUGGAACGGCCAUGAUCUUCCUCCACACCGUCAUCGCCUUCUGCGUAGCCCAGUUCCGGUCACUGUUCCUGACAUGGCUCUGUUCUCUCCUCCUGCUCUCCACGCUGAGGCUGCAAGAUGUGGAGGAAAUUAAGAGAGGGUGGUACAAGACGGAAAACGAGUACUACCUGCUGCAGUUCACGCUGACCGUCCGCUGCCUCUACUACACCAGCUUCAGCCUCGAGUUCUGCUGGCAGCAGCUGCCCGGCGGGCGCACCUUCUACUCCCUCCCCUGGAUGAUGGCCUACGUCUUCUACUACCCCGUCUUCCACAACGGGCCCAUCCUCAGCUUCCCCGAGUUCGUCGGGCAGAUGCGGCAGCCAGAUAAGUGCCCCCUGAGGCUCAGCCUGCCCGUGCUGGCCCGGGGGCUGGGCCACCUCUUCGUGUGCUGGUGCUUGGCCGAGCUGAUGGUGCACCUCAUGUACAUGCACGCCUUCUACGGCAGCGCCCCACUCCUGAAGGCCGUCUCCUGCUGGACCCUAGGAGGACUGGCCCUGGCCCAGGUGCUCUUCUUCUACGUGAAGUACCUGGUGCUGUUCGGCAUCCCAGCUCUGCUCAUGCGCCUGGAUGGCCUCACGCCGCCGCCUCUCCCUCGCUGUGUCAGCACCAUGUUCAGCUUCACGGGCAUGUGGAGGUAUUUUGACGUUGGCCUCCAUGACUUCUUAAUCAGGUACGUGUACAUCCCAGUGGGCGGGUCCCAGCACGGCCUGCUGGGGACACUGUUUUCGACGGCGAUGACUUUUGCAUUUGUGAGCUACUGGCAUGGCGGGCACGACUACCUCUGGUGCUGGGCAGCGCUCAACUGGCUGGGAGUCACCGUGGAGAACGGAGUGCGGAAGCUGGUGGAGACCCCGUGCGUCCAGGACAGCCUGGUCCAGUUCCUCUCCCCACGGGCUCGCCGUCGCUUCCACGCUGCCCUAGCAUCAUGCUCCACCUCCAUGCUCAUCCUGUCCAAUCUGGUAUUUCUUGGGGGCAACCAAGUUGGGAAGAUCUACUGGAACAGGAUCUUCAUACAAGGCUGGCCGUGGGUGACCCUCUCCGUCCUGGGAUUCCUGUACUGCUACUCCCACGUGGGCAUUGCCUGGGCCCAGACCUACUCCAUGAAGUAA